UUCUUCACAAAAUUUCUUGCUUUGUAUUAAUUUUUUUCAGGUUAGCUGUAUUAAAAAGAUUUAGAUAUCACGAAAGGGAGCACUGGUACUGUGUUUAUUUUAUACAUAAAAUAUUGCCUUUUUAUUAUUAUAUAUGACUAGAAACCAUCACAGAACUAGUUAAGUAUCCUUUCAAAUUAAGAUAAAUAUUAGAAAGAAAUAAAGGUAUUAAUUUGUUCUUCCUGCAGGUUUUUUUACAGGUUUAAUAACUACGAGUGACAUUGAGAAAAAUAUAUUUUUUUCUUUUACAAAAUAUUUUACUUGAAGGCACACUGUCCAUUUAAGACAUACUACCUGCCCAAAUAAUGUACGUACUAGCCCCAUGCUAAUCAUUAUUGUUUGUGUGUUACGGACGAUGCGACAGACGGCUAAACGCACCGUUGUGUUCUUAGAAAUCUAUUAUAGAAUAGUUAUAACUUGUAGCUCGGACGGUCACAGCCCUCUAGCUCGCGACCAAGGAGUGUAAAUAAGACCCGGCUCGCUCUAGCGAGCGCGGAAUGCGAAAAUGUGGGACAGCUUGGUCCCGCCCACGCCUCCCGCGGGAAAAUGCGUCACGUGAUGUUUGUCACGACCUAUAGCGGACACCGACAAAAGAAAGUUGCCAGUGCAGCGAGCCCAGACUACCAGUAAAUACACGAAGCAGGACACUUUCUAUUUCAACAUGGUGACAUGGGCGGCGUGGGCCGCGACGCUGCUGCUCCUGGCGGCGGCCUACGACCCCGAGGACCCGCAGCUGCCGGCGCUGCUGCCCGCGGCGGGCACCUUCGAGGCCUUCUACCCGCGCGAGGCGGAGGACGGGCCCGUGGGAGCGGCGCGCGCCCCGCACUCGCACGGCAGCUUCUACUCGCCGCGUCGCCCCGGCCUCGUGGACGUGCGCAACGCCCCCGCCUUCGGCUACCUGUUCGGCGGCGGCCGGCGCUUCAACUACGACUAGCGCUUCCCACACCGGGGCGCAGUGUUGACAACCAGACAGAUGUGAAAUUCCCAUGUUAUGACAAAAAAAAAUCCCAUCUUUCUACAAAAAUUCCCACGUGCUAUUUUAAAAAAAAUUUAGUAACACUCUUAGAGCUAACAUUAACGUAAAGGUAUUUAUUUCAAUUUAUAUUUACACAAACACAUUCACUGUUAAAUAAAAAAAUAAUUUUAACUUUCGUCAUUUGUAGUGCAGUACAAAUUCUUCUUGUUAUGAAGUUUUAGGUGGCUUUCAUGCACUUUGAAAGUUGUGCAGUCAAUGUCAUUUGUUUGAAAUGCCGACCUGACAAAACAAACUGCAUUUAAGGUCUCUUCGCCCAUCCUGUUCCUUUUUUUGGUUUUUAUAUCGGUCACCAUUGAAAAAAUCCUCUCUGCUUCUGCGUUGGAAUGAGGAAGAGAGAGAACACAUUUAGCCAGUCUACUUAAGUUUGGAAAACACAAUUUGUCACUGAAAUCUCUUAUUUGAGAGAUAUUAUCCCACAUUGUGUCAAUAUCCAUUUCUAAAAACUUCUUUUUCUGAUCCGCAGUUAUACUAUGUGGCAGACUUCUCCAUUCGACAGCUAAAUUAUUCAAAUCAAAUCCGCCUAUUUGCGAAGCUAAAGUGCUUAAAUCCUUAACUUCAUUUCUCUCUGACUUUUCAAGUGCAACAGCUGGAUCUACAAAUUUCAUUUCUCGAAAGAGUUCACUGUCCAAAUGCAGACGUUUUUUCAUUUCAUCUGUAGCACAAAUGUAGAACUCAAGGCACUUCAGUCUGAACUGCUGGACACUCGAGGCACAGUCUUCCGGCAAUGACUGCAAAAACUUCUCACACUCAGGUCCGAGAUAGAUAGACUCUAAGUUGAGAAAAUUUGAAGGAUGGUUCACAUUUGUCUGUUUCAGCUGAUUGAGACACUCAGCUUUCAAAAAGUUUUGUGCAAAAUUGUUUAUCAGGGUGCUAGAUGCUUCCAACAACUUGUGUAUGUAUAAGUAUUUUUCUUGACUGAAAAAGUGCAUUGAAAGAAUUAAAAUAAGUCAAAACAUACUUGAGAAAAAGCAAAUAUGCCUUGGUGUAGUGGUUCUGUAGUUCAUUAAAAAUGAACUCUGCACUCUUAAGUUUAUCUUCAACAAUGGCAAGUUGGAAGUAUUGUUGCAAAGGUUCCCAGUUCUCUAGAAGACGAACAACACAUUGAUGCAAUACCAACCAUCUUGUACCAGAUAAUUUGAGCAACUUACGCUGUUCAGUGUUAAAAAACUCUUGAAACUCUCGCAAAAUGGCACACCGCUUAGCACUUCCAGAAAUAUAACUGCACACACAUCGCAAUAAUUCUUCGCAUGACCAGGGAAGUUUCUCGCAUGCUUUGCUGGCUAUUAUAGCCGAUGUAUGACAGAUACAGUUAAGAACUAUCAGACCUGGUGUUACAGUCUUUAAUCUUGUAACAAAAGAGUUAUGUGAACCGACCAUGACAGGCGCAUUGUCACAUGCCAAUCCAAUUAUAUUCUUUAAAGGAACAUCCUUUGCCUCAAGAGUGUUACAGAAAGCAAUAAACAAAUUAUCAGCAGAGCAAUCUGUAGCAUCUAGCGAAACCAACUCAAGCAAUUCAGUUUUCACUCGUCCAUUAAGGGGUGAAAAGUACUUUACCAGGAUACACAUACAUUUCUUGUCUGCGAUGUCAGUAGUUUCAUCAAUCAAAACAGAAAAAGGUACAGUUUUAAGUGUCUCGACUGUCUUUUCUGUUUCUACUUGUGCAACAAUGUUUUUUACUACUUGUGUGCAUUUUGUGCGACCUAGUGUAAUAUCGGCAGCUAUUUUCGAAUCACUAAAGACUUCCUUAAUCAUUGGAAUUAAAUGCUCAACUACCUGGAAUGCAACAUUAUGUUCAGCGAAAAAAGUUGCUAGUUUUAUUUCUGCAGUCUUCACUUUGUCAACAUGCACCUUGUUUUCAUCUUUUUUUGCAAAACAGCUCAAAAUGCUUUGGUUACUUCCUAUUUGUUUAACAUUUUUGACAUGCUUACCUGUAACUGCAUGUUUUUCCAAUUCACUUUUUCCACAAGAAACAGCCACAUUACAAGCUCGGCAAAAUGCUUUAUUCUUGUCGCUAUCAACAGGCUGCAACCAACCUCGAAAUUUUUCUUCUUGCAGCCACGAGUUCUGAAAUGUUUUGGCAGAUGUGACACGUUUUUUAACAUGUAUUUCACUAUCGUCUUCAUUGUUACCUGAUGAAAGUUUUUGUUUCUUUGUGUGAAAAACACUCUCGUCAUUUACAUCACACAUGCUGUACAAACUACCAAUUAUUUACGUUUUACGACAUGUAGCACGAUUUUAAAACCUACGCAACUUAAUAAUACGAAAAAUGCCACCAACCUUUAUCUAUGAAAAAUGCUCUACCAGUUGGCAGUCUUACAAAUGUCACAGAUAAAAAAAAAAACUUUUGCCCAUAGAGCAUAUAAUGGGAAGAACGAAAACUUCAUAGCACUAAAGCAGAAAUCGCCUACAAAUGAAACAAGUCAAUAGAAUUGUUUGCUUUGAUUUAUUUGAUAUUUAACUCGCCUUUAAAAUAUUAUUUAUAAGAUCAAAUUUGUCAAGAUGUUGUCUUUACAGUUUUCGACCACAUUUGAGGCAUUUUAGUGCUAAUAUUCCCUUUUUCCCUUUUUCAAAUUUUUGAGCCCAAAAUUCCCACGAAAUGGGAAAAAUCCCACGAGUUGGCAACACUGCCGGGGCGACUGAAUUGUUGCCCAUUGGAAGGGCAGCCCUUCAGGAUUUUUCUGACAGUGGUUAGUUUGUAAAGUGACCUAACCUAACCUAACCUAACCUAACCUCACCUAACCUAACCUAACCUAAACUAACCUAACCUAACCUAACCUAACCUAAACUAACCACUGUCAGAAAAAUCCUGAAGGGCGGCCCAUCCAAGGGGCAACAAUUCAGACAACCUUUAAAAAACACCACUGUCAGAAAAAUCCUGAUGGGCUGCCCAUCCAAGGGGCAACAAUUCAGACAAUCUUUCAAAAACACUACUGUAAGAAAAAUCCUGAUGGGCUGCCCUUCCAAGGGGCAAGUUUUCAGGAUUAUUUAAACACUUAAAGAAACAUGUUUUCAGAAAUUGUAUGGGCUGCCCUUCCAGUCGCUGUACAAACAAAUCAUUGCCAGAAAAAUUCUGAAGGGCUGCACAUCCAACGGGCAACAAUUCAGCUCCCCCCUCACACCCACCCCACUCCGCUUUUUUCCUGCACAACAUUCUGAUCAUCUGCUUCUGUAUUGUACCUCCACAUUCUCCAACAGGGGUUCUGGAAGGGGGGUGAGACUACCUCUCCCUUGGCAAUAUUACCGCACAACGAUCAUUUUGGAGUUCUAACGAUACCUUCGAAACGUGUUACGUCUGCAGCAAAAACCUUGUUUAUGAGCAAGGGGUGGAGUUGGGGGGAAUAUAUAUCCUCACCCAUUCCCGAAAUCCUAAAAAAAAAAUCUGUCUUUCCCACCAAAAACAGGAAAUAAUUUAAGCAAACAGCAGGCAAACAGGUUCCACCCCACCCCCACGAAAUGAAGUUCCGCGUACGCUCCUCGUCACAAGAGAGUACAUAACUGUGUUGUCGGGAGCCAGAGCAGUUGCCACGAACAUCAGGAGCUGCUAAGAACUCUGCUUUUAUUUCAGGUGUAUUCUUCAGGAAGACUCCUCAAAUUAUUGCAAUUUCUAACAAUGUGUAGCACACGUGGAACAGAUAUAAACUGUGUUUUAGAGUGUUAUGUAUAGAGAUUAUACUGUUUUUGACACUGGUGUUUAAAUAAGUUGUACUUAUGUUGUCUAUCAUGCCCAUAUUUAUGCCUGCUUUUUCUAAGAUGUACAUUUUUUUGCUCUAUGUAUGUAUUGUGUAGAGCAUUCUUACCAUUAUGUCCAAAAUUCAGUAUUUAUAUACAAAGACCUACAACACUGUUGCCUUAAAUAAAUCGGAAAAUGAAACUAU